AUGGAAGCCUGUUCGUUGAAAAAUUCCCUGAAAAUCUUCGUUGAUACCUUCCACAAAUAUUCUAACAUUUCUGGAAACAAAGAUGCCCUGAACAGGAGGGAAAUGAAGACGCUGUUGAACAAGGAGAUGCCACAUUUCAUCAAGAACUCCAAGGAUCUGAAGAAUGUCUCACAUCUCUUUGAAGAACUGGACACAAACCAAGAUGCUGAUGUUGACUUCAAGGAGUUCGCUGUGAUGAUAGCACGUGUGGUCAUGGAAACCCAUGAAAAGAUGCAUGAGAAUGCACCUCCCGGCCAGGGCCACAGCCACGGGCCUGGCCUUGAGGGGCCUGUAAAGGGGAAAUGUGGGCAAUAA